AUGUCCACGCCCACGGCGGCCGGCUCCCUAUCGCCCUACGAAGCGCCCCCUUUAUCGCAAGGAGAGAUACGGGUUCUGGAGGUUGCGCCCGCAAGUUUCGGUGAGCCCGUCGAAUGUACCAUAAAACGCAUCUCGCUUCUCGACGAUCCGGUGCCAUGCUACGAGACGAUAUCGUAUUGCUGGGGACCUCGGCGAAAUCCGUCGACUAUAAUGCUCAAUGGGCAUCUGGUAGAGGUGCCGGCAAGUUCGGAGGCCGCUGUCAGGCGCAUGCGACUCAGCGACCGACCGCGAGUACUCUGGAUUGAUGCCAUAUGUAUCGAUCAGUCAUCGACGACAGAACGCAGUGCACAAGUAGCUUUCAUGGCGACCGUAUACAGCACCGCGAAGCACAAUCUCGUUUACCUUGGCGAAGAUGACGAAGAUAUGGCUGAUAGAGGUAUGAAGGCUCUCGAAGUCGUUGCGGACGACAUGCGCGCCGCGACUGCAGACUUCACCCUAGUGUGGGAAACCAUCCGCAAUGAGAAUUCGGGUGCCAUUGUAUCCUCAAACGAACCGUUUAGCGCGGAUGUUGAUUUCGAAUCUCUUGAAGCUCUUUUCAAUCACCACUGGUUCAGGUAA